AUGGAGCCAAAGGUCUUCUUCACCGUAGUGCAAGGCAACGGCAACCCGCCCCAGGCCAUCAAGAACCUCUACACCUUCACUCCGGCCGUGCUGACCGGCUUCACGCGCCACCGCGUCCAGUUCGCCGACUACCCCGGCAUGAUCCCCGAUGACGGCGGUUCCGUGCUCGGCAUCUACGCGACGGGCCUCACGGACGCCAACGUCAGCAAGCUCGACUUUUUCGAGGGCUCCGAGUACGAGAAGAGGAUCGUCAAGGUCAAGGUCCGGGGUGGUGUGGACGGCGGCGAGGACGAGGAGGAGAAGGAGGCCACGGCCUACAUCUACAAGCGCCCAGAAUUCCUGGAGCGCCGGGAGUGGUCGUUUGACGAGUUCCGCAAGGAAAAGAUGCACGUCUGGACGCGCGAGAGCUACGUCUUUGAGGGCUGCGAUGACUUUGCGGAAUUUGAGAAGAUCGAGCACGAGGACGCCAAGGGCCACGACGAGAAGGACGAUGCGGUCAAGCAAGGCGGUGCCUAG